AUACCUUCUCUCACACCCACCCCAUUUCUAUCCUCCUAUCUUUCUCAACAUUCACACACAGAAAAUAAAAAGACACACAAGAGUGAGAUUCUCGAAAUAUCUUCUUCCCCAGUGUUGCUUGGCUUUCUGUACUUUUUCCAUAAUUUAUUUUAGAAACUUAGCUCUUUCCGAUCUUGUCUACUCUUUUCCGCACGGUUGUUAGGACACUUGGAAGAAUAGCUGUACGUGCAAGGAGCUACUUUUGGUGGGCUGAUAUAUAAUUUGGCAAGAAGUUCAGUAAUCUGAGAAGAAUAGGUUGAAACAUGGGUUAUUUAUGUGAUUUUUGCGGGGAACAAAGGUCCAUGGUAUAUUGCCGGUCAGAUGCUGCUUGCUUAUGUUUGUCAUGUGACCGAAAUGUCCAUUCUGCUAAUGCCCUAUCCAAGCGCCACUCAAGAACACUACUGUGUGAAAGAUGCAACUCGCAACCUGCAUUAGUAAGAUGUCCCCAAGAGAGUGUCUCUCUUUGUCAGAAUUGUGAUUGGAUGGGUCAUGGAACUUCUACCUCAAACUCAACACAUAAGAGACAACCCAUCAAUUGUUAUUCUGGAUGCCCGUCAGCUGCAGAACUUUCUUCAAUAUGGUCAUUCGUUUUAGAUAUCCCUUCUGUGGGUGAAUCUACUUGCGAGCAGGAACUGGGAUUGAUGAGCAUAACUGAGAACGGUGCAAAAACUGAUUGGGGCCCUUUAGAAAACAUCACCCAAAGUAUAUCUAGUUCAGUCGAAUUGAAUGAUGUGCCCAGUACGGAGAAGUCCAGUGUCUGGGUUGGCUUGUCUUCAGUGCCUGAAGUUAACUCUGGGCAUGACAUUCUAGACCAGCCGGGUGGAUCCCCAUAUGCAUCCUUGCCCAAGUUAGGCUGUCCUGGACUCUGUGAAGAAGAUUUUCUGUGUGAUGAUUUCGAUAUGGAUGAAGUGGAUUCGGAUCUUGAAAACUACGAAGAACUCUUUGGUGUAGCUCUCAGUCAUUCUGAAGAGCUUUUUGAGAAUGGUGGGAUUGAUAGCUUGUUUGGGAUGAAGGACAUGUCUGCUGCUGAUUCCAGUUGUCAGGGUGCAGUUGCUGCUGAGGUGUCAUCAGUUGGACGUGUCAAUGGAACACAGCCAGCAUGCAGCAAUUCAGCGUCUGCUGAUUCUCUGAUGAGUGCCAAAACUGAACCGGUACUUUGUUUUACGGCAAAGCAAGGGCAUUCAAGCCUUUCAUUUUCUGGUCUUACUGGAGAGAGUAGUGGUGGGGAUUAUCAGGAUUGUGGGGCUUCUUCAAUGCUUCUCAUGGGAGAGCCUCCAUGGUGUCCUCCAGGCCCUGAGAGUUCCUUCAAUUCUGCUAACCGUAAUAAUGCUGUUAUGCGUUACAAGGAAAAGAAGAAGGCACGCAAGUUCGAGAAAAGAGUGAGGUAUGCCUCCCGCAAAGCAAGAGCUGAUGUAAGAAGGCGUGUUAAGGGACGCUUCGUCAAAGCUGGUGAAGCUUAUGAUUAUGAUCCAUUGAUCCAAGCCAGAAGCUACUGAGUACAAUUUUUAACCAUGCUUUGUAAAAGGACAGAAUACUAUCACCUAAACAAUGGAUGAAACUAAUGCAUAUUUCCUGUGCAAUGACAAAGUGUAUGAUUGUAUCUCAGGGGCCUUGGUUUUCAUCAGGAGAAAAUGGUGGAUAUGAAAUUGCUGGGUUACAAUGUUUCACCAAGAAGUUAAGGAGCAGAAUUUUGAUCCUCCAUCACUAUAAAGGAUUGAUGGAUUGUGACACCAUCCAAAAUAGACCGCGCCAUGCACCCUUGACUUUUAGGCUAUGGGUUUUUGGUUUCCUUCUGUCUUUGUGCAGUCACUCUCUAGGAAAGGAUAACCUUAUUGGUUUGAAAACCAAUAAGACAACAAAUUUGUACACUUCUCUUUCAUUUCGUGAAACAUGUACAUCACGGGAUUAUAUAUAUGCUUUUGAGAGGGGAUAGUCUAGUCUAGUGGUUUUACAUCAGUGUAAGAAUUUAUCUGUUUUGAGUUGCCGUGAAAAGACUGAAGAUGGUUUACUUCUCUUGUAUAUUUUGUACUUCUGUUCUAAUUAUAUGCUCAUCUUGUUCGCUUCCAA